AUGAACCGACGGGGAGCUCAGCAGUACGUGGUGGCCAGGCCGCUGUACUCGGAGGAGUCCUUCGCCCAGGACCACGAGAAGGUCUACAGGCCCCGCAAGACCAUGCUGGACCACGUCAAGCAGUACUUCACAUGCGACGCCAAGCGAGCCAAGGCGGCGUGCCUCUCCCUCCUGCCGGUCGUCGGCUGGAUGAAGAUGUACCGGCUCAAGGAGUGGCUGCUCAGCGACCUGGUGUCCGGCGUGAGCACCGGCCUAGUGGCGGUGCUGCAAGGUCUGGCCUACUGCCUGCUGGCCUCUCUGCCCCCGUGGUACGGUCUGUUCUCGGCCUUCUUCCCCGUCAUCGUCUACUUCUUCCUGGGCACCUCCCGACACAUCUCUGUGGGUCCGUUCCCGGUGCUGUGCCUGAUGAUUGGCUCGGUGGUGACCCGGCUGGUCCCAGAUGAAGGUUCUCCCAUGAACAUCACGGGCUUCGCCGGCCUCACGAGAGACGAGCAGCGCGUGCUGGUGGCGUCGUCCGUGAGCUUCCUGGCCGGCCUCAUGCAGCUGGCGAUGGGCGUGAUGCAGGUGGGCUUCGUGGUCGUGUACCUGUCCGACACUCUGGUGUCCGGCUUCACCACGGCGGCCGCCAUCCACAUCCUGGUGUCGCAGCUGAAGUUCGUGUUGGGGCUGCCGGUGCCGGGCCUCAGCGGGCCGCUCUCGCUCAUCUACACUCUGGAGAUCAUCUUCCGCGACAUCGCCUCCACCAACGUGUGUGACGUGGUCAUCUCGCUGGUCAUCAUGGGGGUGGUGUUCGCCGUGAAGGAGCUCAACGACCGCUUCCGCUCCAAGCUGCCGGUGCCCGUCCCCAUCGAGGUCAUCAUGACGGUCGUCGCCUGUGGAGUUUCCUACGCGUUCGACUUCAAGACCAGAUACGGCAUCGAGGUCGUCGGCCAUAUUCCACAAGGGUACGAGGCCCCGAUGGCGCCCAACCUGCACGUGUUCCAGGAGACGGCGGUGGAGGCGUUCCCCAUGGCCAUCGUGGGUUUCGCCGUGGCGUUCUCCGUGGCCAAAUUCUACUCCGUGAAACACGACUACACCAUCGACGGGAACCAGGAGCUGAUCGCGUUCGGCGCCAGCAACAUCUUUGGAGCGUCCUUCAAGUCUUUUGCUGCGAGCACGGCGCUCUCCAGGACCGCCGUGCAGGAGAGCACCGGGGGCAAGACCCAGGUGGCUGGUCUGCUGUCGGCUCUCGUCGUGAUGAUCUUCACGCUGGCCAUCGGCUUCCUGUUGGAGCCGCUCCCCAAGUCCGUGCUGGGUGCCGUGGUCAUCGUGAACCUGAAGGCCAUGCUGAUGCAGUUCAGAGAGGUCCCGUACCUGUGGAGGAGGGACAAGCCGGACUGCGUGGUGUGGGUGGGCACCUGCCUGGCCUCCGUCCUGCUGGGCCUGGACCUGGGCCUGGCGGCGGGCCUCGGCGUGGAGCUGCUCAGCGUGGUCCUCCGGGCUCAGUUCCCGCGCUGCAGCCAGCUGGCCAACGUGCCGGGGACCGACGUCUACCGGGACCGGAAGGACUACCUGGACAUCUCUGAGCCAGAGGGAGUGAAGAUCUUCAGGAUCCCGUCCCCCAUCUUCUUCGCCAACAUCGAGUUCUUCAGGACUAAGCUGGUGGAGGCGGUCGGCUUCAACCCGCUGCGAGUGCUGAGGAAGAGGAACAAAGCUCUGAGGAUGAUCCGGAAGCUUCUGAAGAAGGGAGACCUCCAGUGGACAUCGAAGGGCUUCAGGAACUCGUCCUGUGGCCCCGUCCCGGAGGAUAAGAGCGCCCUGGAGGCCCUGGAGGACCUGGACCGGCCCACGGACUUCCAGGACCUCCCGACCCGGAUCGACUGGAGCGCCGCGCUGCCCGCCUACAUCGACGCUCCCCGAGUGGCGCUCCACAGCCUGGUGCUGGACUUCGCCGCCGUCUCCUUCCUGGACAUGUCGGCGCUGAAGGGGCUGAAGGCGAUGCUGAAGGACCUGAUCCGGGUGGAGGUUGAGAUCUACAUCGCUGCGUGUGAUCCCUACAUCCUGGAGAAACUCCACGACUGCUGCUUCUUUGACGACGAGGUCCAGCCGUCGAUGUUCUUCCUGACGGUGCACGACGCCGUGCUGCACGUCCUGGAGAAACACCCGCAGGCCGCCGAGAAGAGCUGCGCCCACGACAAGGUCAACACCACGGUCACGGUUCAUCUCCCUGAAGGCGGCUUGAGGAGCAGAGACAGAAGUGCGGCAGGUCCAGAGACCCGGUUCUGAUCAAGAAGAGAAGACCGUGAUGAACAGACACAUGGUCUCAUGGAUCACUGCCAUACACUGA